UUGGCUCCCACGGUAGGAGAGGUGGGAGCCUGCGCCCGGCGUUUCCUCCCGCCGCAGCUUCCUCGGCGCAGCCGGGGCAGCCAAGUUCCCUGCGGGAGCUGGGGUCAGGGCGGUGGUCUGCGCGGCUGGGACCUGAGUCAAAGUAAGAUCCUGGCCGGACGCAGUGGGCUCCACCACCCGCAAGAUGGAAGGGACAGAGGGCAAUCCCGGGCAGCCUGGCUCCGCUGAGCGGUCCCACCGAAGCAGCGUGUCCUCCGUGGGAGCCCGAGCAGCCGAUGUACUGGUGUACUUGGCCGAUGACACAGUGGUGCCCCUGGCCAUGGAGAACCUUCCCUCUCUCAGCGCUCAUGAGCUGCACCGUGCAAUCCGAGAGGUCCUGCAGCUCCCAGAUGCUGCCCUGGAUGCCUUCGCACUGUGGCUCGUCUCCCCUCUGCUGGAGGUACAGCUGAAGCCCAAGCACCAGCCCUACAAGCUGGGCCGCCAAUGGCCGGAGCUGCUGCUACGCUUCACAGAUGCCCCAGAUGACGACGUGGCCAUGGACGAGCCUUCCCUGCAGUUUCGGAGGAACGUGUUCUUCCCAAAGUGGCGGGAGCUCCAGAUCUGCGAUGAGGAGGUCCUGCGGCUUCUCUACGAGGAGGCCAAGGGCAAUGUGAUAGCCGCUCGGUACCCAUGCGACAUGGAGGACUGUGAGGCCCUGGGUGCCCUGGUGUGCCGUGUGCAGCUUGGGCCUUACCAACCUAGCCAGCCUGCGACCUGCACCCUGAGGGAGAAGCUGGACUCCUUCCUCCCUGCCCACCUCUGCAAGCGGAACCACGGCCUCUUUGCUGCCUUCCGGGGCCGUGGAGCCAAGGUGGGAACAGGCGAGCAGGGCCUGUUGAAUGCCUACCGCCAGGUGAAGGAAGCAGUCAGCAGCGAUGGCGCACACGAGGCCACCCUGGGCUUUCACUAUCGUGCCUACCUCCUCAAGUGCCACGAGCUGCCCUUCUACGGGUGUGCCUUCUUCCGCGGUGAGAUUGACAAGCCAGCCCAGGGCUUUUUGCACCGUGGUGGACGAAAGCCAGUGAUCGUGGCCAUCAGUCUGGAAGGCGUGCAUGUUAUUGACAGUAGGGAGAAGCACGUCCUGCUGGGCCUGCGCUUCCAGGAGCUGUCGUGGGACCACACCUCCCCGGAGGAGGAGGAGCCUGUCCUGUGGCUGGAGUUCGAUGGGGACACCGAGGGCCUUCCUGUCAACAAGCUGCUCAGGAUCUACUCCAAGCAGGCCGAGCUGAUGAGCAGCCUCAUUGAGUACUGCAUUGAGUUGAACCAAGCUGCGGAGCCCACCGCCCCCCAGGAGAGUACGUCUGGCCCCCACUCUGCCCACAGCCCUUCAUUGCCUCCCGCUCAGCGCCCCAAGCUGCGGAGGCAGAGCAGCGUGGUGUGCAGCCGGAUCCAGCACCUCUCCACCAUAGACUACGUGGAAGACGGCAAGGGGAUCAAGCGGGUGAAGCCAAAACGGUCCACGUCCUUCUUCAGCCGUCAGCUCUCCACUGGCCAGCGGGGCUAUACUGUGGUGCAGCCUGCCGAAAGCCUGGAGCAGGGCUGAGGACACUGCGCUGGGCAGGAGGAGGGCACUGGGACCCAGCCUCUGGACCUGCCCCAGCACUGUCCUCCCAGGCAGAGGCCCGGCGCAUUCAUCCAAAGCUUGUGUACAUGGUAGCAAGUGGCUUUGAUCCCUCAGGCCACAGAGGAGGGGCUGCUGCUGCUGGGGACGAUGCCUGCACUGGUGGACCUGGCCAGGGCCUCCACAGGGUCCCUCUUGCAGCCUGCCCUGCCACUCUUGGACGCAUCUUCAUGCCCGUCACGAGGAGUGUAGCAUCCUCUGCCCUGCAGGGACUGCAGGCAGCCCCGAUGGCAGGUGGCUGAAGUCAGGGCUUCGGUCCUGCAGGGUCCAUGUUUUUUUUGCUUGGACCUCGGUCACCACACCUCACAUUCCUUCUGCUGCCGUUCCACCCACCCUACCAGGAGGGGCUGGCACUCAGGAGUGAGUAACUCCCUGGAUUGAGCCCUCUGAAACAGGUGCGGCCCUCACACCAUCCCUGAACGGGGAUUAGAGGGAGCUGGGUAGGCUCCCCUUUGCUCACAUCCCCCCAGUGGGAUCAGACCCUGAACAGAAGGAAGGUGCCUUUAUGUAGCUUAGGUGAUGUCACUGUGCUGCCAGGUGGCCAUCUUGGGGACUAGCAGGCCCACCAGACCGGCACUACUGGGAAAAGCUGCCCCAAAAGCUCUUGUCACUCCAGGCCCAGACAGGUCCCCCCAUGGAUCCACCCCCCCGUGCCCAGGACCUCCAGAUUUGCAUUUGGUCUCUUCUCCUCUGCUUUUGUUUGGUGAAGCUGGUGAAACCUUGUUAACCUCAGAGCCUGUAAGGCUGUCCUUCCGCAAAGGUGUGGGGGUCCCCUGGGGACCAGUCUCAGUGACACAGAUGUUUCUCCCCUCCCAAGGACUUUGAAAAGGAAGCUUGUGGCUGGGGAUUUAGCUCAGUGGUUCUGCUGCCUGCCUCGAAACCUCAAGCUCCCGAGUUCUAUCCCUGGUACCAAAAAAAGAAAAGAAGGCUUGGAUGUGGGUGUUUGACUCCCCCCGCACUUUGGAACCUAGGGUUGAACACACUGGGCCAGCGAGCUGUACCCAAGACCCCAGCUUUGACCCCUGGCAACAGUGGAUCUGUCUUUGGAGAGAAGCUGGCCCUCAAGAUGGGUCCUUUCCUGACCCUGGGCUUCUCUCUGGGGACUGUUGUCCCUUCUUAGUGGUAACUAUGGAAAUAGGAACAUCUCGUGCUUCAAAUCUGAGAGCUGUUUAUCUGCCCGAGGUAACUUGCAAGCUCCAGAUGUUCAGAGGUGGCUUGCCUUCUAGCAUCAGGGACUUUGUUAUUUAUCGUAAGUAAGGAGAGAGACCUGGGAGUUGCCGCCAGCGUUUUUUUGGAAUGUUCAGGCUGCAUUGUUGGCAUCAGCUGCCACCUCGUGUCUCCCCUGCUGGCUUGGUAUCUGACCUCACUGAGCUGCCAGCCCGCUGGUCACCUGGGCCCACUCCCUGAUGGUUCCAGCACAUUCUUACCGGAUGGGCUCGCUGGAAGCUGGGGUGUGGUCAGGAGUGUGUGCAGAUUGCAUGUUUCCACCGUUGAGCUCGUUCUCAUUUUCUAAGCAUCCAUUGUGCCUUAUUCUUCCCUGCCUGCCCUUUGGGACAAAGCAGUAUUCUGAAAUGUCUUUGAAUGUCCUCAUUCUUUUGUAUCAUGGAAUUUAUUAAUAAAAUCAGUUUCUAGCAACCCUCGGGCAGUUUCUGAUAGGAAAUACUAAGGG